AUUGAUUUGGCUUCACCUCUAUCCCUUCUCUCUAAUACAGAAGAUUCUGGCAGUCUUCAAUGGCGGAUGGUACAACAAAAAUACGAGCGGUGGCAUCAAAGGGGAAAUGGAGCAAUUUAUCAAAAUACGCAUGUCGCAUAUACUUUUUCCUCGUCAUUCUUCAGGUCCCUCUUUUCAGGGUUCCCUGUAGAUCUGGCAUGUGCACAACUCCAUUGCAGGUUACAUCUUCCCAGUUGAUUGCCAGCGAAAUCAUUCCUGUUCCCGUGGUGAAGGGCCUUCUCUAUCCAGGAGCCGUUGUCAAUGGUCUCAUCAGUAAUAUGACUAUUCCAAGUUGGGAAAAUCUGCUGAGCGUCUAUAAUUUAACUGGCAUAAAGGAAGCCUCUGCAGUAACUGACCUACAGAGAUUGGAGGUUCUUGCUGGAAGUUACUUCUCGGUGGCUGGUGCACUAAUUGGCCUCUUAAAACCUGGGAGGAUGAGCAUGUUUGGGACUCUUCUAGUCAUAUGGGGCCUUGUGAAGGAAGGGAUUCUAAAAAAGCCAGCAAGCACAGAUCCAACAAACGCAGUAUUUGUCUACCCAACUAUGUUAAUAGCUCUGGUUUGUUCUCUCUUAUCUGUCAAGUAUGAUGUGAAGAAGGCAGUGAGAAGUGCUGCUGCUCGCCCCGUUGCAAAGCCUAUGCUCAGCUCUUCAAAAUCUAAACUGAAGUGAUAGUUGUAAUUUAAUUGUUCCCUGCUUAUUACUCCUGGUAUAUCAGCUGCUGAGAUUUACAUUUUUAGAAACAUCAAUCACAAUUGUAUUCGAGUUGGCUUCUCAAUUAGUCAAAUGUAUCAGAAAGGGAAUUGUGAGCUAGAUACAGUAGUGAAACUUCGUAUGUAGCCUUUUUAGGUAGAAAAAGGUAUCACAUACAGUGGAAUUUGCAUUUGAAUGUACUAAUGAAGACAAUGAGACAUUGAAAAAAAGAAAGAAUGAAUGCUUGUUUUUUUCGUUU